UGCUCAAAAAGAAAUGAGAUGCUUGAAAAGAAGUGGGAAAGUAUCCCUCCCCAUUUCAAGAACCUGGUGCAUCAGAUAUUAGUUUAAAGGCCUGCCACUCACUUUGAAGUAAGGAAUUUUGAUGAUGGGACUUUGGAAUAUAAAACAGCCCAAUUACAGGGUUGGGAAUUUUAAAACCAAGAAAUUACUCCUACAAAGAUACAUUUUUUUAAAAAAAAAAAACUUUAUUCCACUGUGAGUAAAUUGUACACAUAUAUAACUGCAGAAGUAAGCCAACCAUUCUAGGCCUAAAAAUUUAAAUACAUUGUGUGUGUGUGUGUGUGUGUGUGUCUGUGUGUGUAUGAAGUCGUAGGUGCCACUCCUAAGCAGCAGUGUGGUGAAGCAAUACCACUUACAUCACAGCAAAGGUCAUUGAUAUCAACUCUUGGUGCAAUAGUCUGUGUGCCAAAUAAAUGAGUUUUUGUUAAGAGAGACAGAAAAACACACACUAAUGAGGCUGAAACAUGCCUAGCUAAGUCUUAAGCUAACACAUUUAUUCUGGAAAAUCCCAGAAUUAUUUUAGUGCGACCAACCAAAAUAUCACAAAAUAGUGAGCAAACUCUGAAGUGAGCAAACUUUAUAAGGCUGGAUGUUUUGUAAAUGGAGUGGGGAAGCUGCCUUGAUUCCGAAGCCAAAUUGGCCGCAUUGAUCAAAAGUUCAUUUUUGCCAUAUAGUCUUAGAGGUGUGUUGCCAUAAUGAAAUGAAAAACACAGCACUUGGCUACAGCACUUAGCACUGCUCCUACAUUUAUGGAAAAGGAAACAAAAUUAACUGAGGAAGUGGGUUCAAGGCUGGACUCAACACCAUUUGGUUAGAAUUACAAUGGCAGUCAGAGAGCAUGUGCAUUGCACUUUUAAGAAUACAAAUGUUUGAACUGCUCCUGGGCUGAAACCACAGAGAGGUGAGUUGCCCACAUUUCCACAUGAGCUCUCCAUCCUAGGCAGUUUUCCACAACGCAGUUCAGGCAUUUGCUGGAGAUACUUCACAUAUAGAAGAAAUGAGGUCUGUUUUAGCUUUCUGAUUAUUCUGUGGUCACCAUGUCCACCCCCUCACCCCCUGCCCAGAGGCAUGCAAAAAUAGCCAUGGAAAUACAUUGGCUCCUUCCAGAGGAGGGCAUCACAUUUCUGAAUGACUAUUGAAACCAGAGAUGAGCUGCUUACAUCACUGUCGCGAAUGGGUCGGUUGCACCUUGGGAGUUGAAGACACCCACGUAAGAUACAUCGACUUCAAUGGGUCUCACUUCGAAAUCAGGCAUGCUUGCAGUCGCAGCCAAGUUAGCCCCGCUGAAACAGCUCCAUCAGAUUUUCAACAAGACUGCUUACGGAUGUCUUAAGUCAUAAAAAACGGGGAAAAAACCUCUCUUCAGCUGCAGGGUCACUUCUAAAAUUCCCAGCGGCCUCAGGAUCUAAGACUAAUAGUACCAGUGGCUGAACCAGAGGAGGAAGUUUUACGCCUUUAAAAAGCCCCCACCCCGAGGAAAGCUUGCGGGAUGAGGCAACUUCCGAGCGCAGCUUUCAACUAACCGAAGUGAAGCCUGCCGGGAUCCGGAGCGGGAUCAGAGUUCGGCGCCGGUUUGCUUCCGAAGCUGUUUCCCCGCUGCCGCCCGGCAAAACCGUUCUGCCGAGUGGAUGCCCCGGGCUUGAACCUACUGGGUCGCAGCAGCUGAAGUCGUUGCCCCUCCUUGCUGGGAAGAUCCGGUUGUUACUUGUGGAAAGCCCGGGAGCCAUCGCGCUUUUCUCGCGGGGGGAGGAAGUUACCUGAAGCUACAGCAUCCAGCCUUUUCUUCCCUUUUCCUUAUUUUACAAUGGGCAGCCCCGAAGCGACGGGCGAGUUUCCAGACAAUGACAUACCACAGGUGGCAACUGAAGAAUCCCGAAGGCUCUCUAAAGAACAGAUAUUUAUACUGGUAGCUACAGCAUCUAUCAACUUCAGUUCAAUGAUUUGCUACUCAAUCCUCGGACCUUUUUUCCCAAGAGAGGCAGAAAAGAAAGGUGCUAGUAACACUGUAGUUGGACUCAUUUUUGGAUGCUUUGCAUUAUUCAACUUCUUGACUUCUUUGAUCAUGGGAAAGUAUCUUGUACAGAUUGGUGCAAAGUUUAUGUUUGUUGCUGGAAUGUUCAUCUCAGGAGUUGCCACAAUUCUCUUUGGGAUGUUGGACAAAGCACCCGAUGGGCCGAUAUUCAUAGCGUUGUGUUUUGUAGUUCGAGCCAUGGAUGCGAUUGGCUUUGCCGCAGCCAUAACAGCCUCGUUUUCUAUUCUAGCAAAGGCUUUCCCCAACAACAUUGCUACAGUUAUGGGCAGCCUUGAAAUUUUUACUGGACUGGGACUAGUGCUGGGCCCUCCUCUCGGCGGCUUUUUGUACCAGUCUUUUGGCUAUGAAGUCCCUUUCAUUGUACUUGGGUGCCUAGUGCUGAUCCUGGUGCCGCUGAACAUGUUCCUCUUACCAAAAUAUGAUUCCACACCUAGCAAAGAUUCAUUCUGGAAGCUUGUUGUUCUGCCAAAAGUUAUUUUCCUCUGUUUAACUAUGUUCACACUGAGUGGAUGCUUGAGCUUUCUGGAUCCUACCAUGUCACUAUUUGUCUUGAAAAAGUUCAAAUUGCCUGCUGGUUAUGUGGGAUUGGUCUUCUUGGGGCUGGCACUCUCCUAUUCCUUAUCUUCACCGUUGCUUGGUUUUCUCAGUGAUAAAUUCCCGUACUUAAGGAAGUGGCUAAUGAUUUUUGGAGGCAUACUGACGGCAUUAUGCUACUUUAUGUUAGGACCAGCUCCCAUCUUGCACAUCGAAAGCAAACUCUGGCUCUUUGUUCUAAUGUUGGUCCUGAUGGGUUUUUCCCUUGGAAUGAGCGGUAUCCCGAUAUUCCCUGAAAUGCUCAAUCAUGCAUAUGAGAAUGGCUUUGAGGAAGGAUUAAGCUUGUUAGGCCUGGUAUCUGGACUCUUCAGCGCAGUAUGGUCACUUGGGUCUUUUGUAGGUCCAACAUUAGGUGGAUUUCUAAACGACAAGCUGGGUUUUGAAUGGGCUGCAGCCAUACAGGGUGGAUUUGCGCUGAUAAGUGGGUUAGCUCUUGCAAUAUAUUAUAUCUACGAGACCUUGCACAAAAGAAGAUCCCGUCCCCAGAACCUUCCAGGCACAGAGGAAGAAAGGGCUCGUCUUCUGCCAAGUGCAACGUAGCUGGAAGCCUUCCCUGCUGCCAGUUUAAAGCUACUUUUGUACGGAUAAUUUAGGAGCUUGAUACACAGGCCAGAGGCAAGCAAACAACUGAAGGUGGCCACCUUUGCCUCAUGCCACAUGGUGGGCUGUAGGUUCUUGACCGCUGUACUGUGGCAUUCUGAUUCUAGAGUGAAUGCCUGUGUUUUUGGACAGUCGUGUGAUAGACCUCUUUGGGCUGGUUCUACGUGAGAGCAGCAAGGUUGUCUGGUGGACAAAAGUACUUUGCACAAUGUGAAAAUAAUAUAUUCCACUAUGUGAAAUAUGUUCCGUAAUGCUCUACUUUUGUACUCUAAUAUCACCGAUGGUCAGCACUCAGUAAACUUAGUUUCUUCAAAAGUGUGUGAGAUGUUCUAGGGCAUUUUGCUAAUAUUUUUUUAAAAGAUUAAUAUUCUUAGAAACUUUUUAAGGUAUAUUGUGACCUAAAACUUUUGUCUGCCUGCUAAUUUAAAAUAAAGAACACUAAAAGCUG